GUGGCGGACCAACUUUCUGAAUCUUGGUCGUGGGACAAAUGGUCUCAGAAGGCUUUACAGUGGCUUUCACGCCCGGACAACUUGGCUGCUAUCACGGCGUGGUGGAUUACCUUCACCGUAGUGAUGAUUGUUUUUCUUGGCCUGGGAUUUGGUCCAGCCGGGAUUGUAUCAGGCUCAUUGGCGGCGGCUUUCCAGUCGUGGAUGUACGGUGGUUUUACCCCGGCAGGAGGCAUCUUUGCCACGCUGACAAGUAUGGCGAUGCUUGGUCUACUAGUUCCAAGUGUCGUACUUUUGGCCUCUCUGGUUGCAUCGGGAGUUGCAAUAGCUGUGUGGCUAAACCAUGGGUAGCGAUUCAAGAUUUAUACUCGGUAUUCUUUUGUGAGAUGGAAGCAAAUGCACCUUGAAGGCUGGCUGCUUUGUGUAUCGAGUCUAUUUCCCAUGGUUCGCCGGGGACGUUUGACUACUACCUGCGACAUGCUCUUCUAUGUUCUUCUUCUCUUUAUUCCUGAAUGAUCAUAGAGGGAAUGGAAGGAAAUAGCAAUUGAUUGGUUGAGAAGAAGUAUUAUUGGCUGUCCCAGAAUUGGAUCCGGCAAAGCCCAGAAUUGUCGAUCGGGUGUGAAUGGAACGUACGCGGAUUCUAUCUCCUACCUACAUUCAGAUUUGACCCUGUUACGUUAUGC